AUGCGGGCGAUCCAGCUACUUGGCGCAUUCGCUGCCGUCGCUUCUCUGACUCUCGCUGCUCCAGUCGCACUCGACUCGUCGGCGUUACCGCUCAACGUCCUGACCCUCGUCAAGCAGCGCCUGAACGAAUCUGCAGGCGAUACAUGGGUCGGCGGCACGCAGAUGGAGGCUCUCAUCGAGCUCGACUACCCCUCCCUCUCGGUCUUCUCGUCUGCGACGUACCCUCCCUCCGCUUCGGCCAAACCGACCGAACUCUCGUCGCUCGUUCACAAGUGGGCUUCCCUUCGUCCGAGCUGGACAAACCAGCUUGCGUACGAGAAUGGUGGCGCAGCGGCGGAUCCUGCGGCACUGGGAGUCGGCUGGCUGGUCGCAGCGGCGUUUGCGGACGACUCGACGAAGCAGACGUACUUGUCGGAGGCGGAGCAGGAGGUCAACUACCUCCUCAACUCGGUACCAAAGACGUCGGAUGGCGCCAUUUCGCAUAGGCCAGCUGGAGAGCCGGUCUCGCUUUGGGCAGACUUCAUCUCGAUGGUCCCUCCCUUCCUCGCCUACUACGGCGUCGUCAAGCAAGACCGCUCGCUCGUCCUCGAAGCCUACAACCAAAUCAAGCUCUACCGUUCCUAUCUCCGCACAUCGUCCGGCUCGUGGAAACAUGUCGUGCAGGGUGACUUUACCGACAGCGGUCUUUGGUCGACCGGUAACGGCUGGGCGGCGCACGGGAUCGCCCGGGUGUUGGCGACGGUGCAGAAGAGUCAGUGGAACGAGACGCUCGCGAGCGAGGCGGCGGAUUUUGGUGAAUGGGGCGUUGAGAUCGUCAAGGCUGCUUUCCAGAAUGUCAAGUCCGACGGCCUCCUGCCCAAUUACUACGACUCGGCGUCUGGAUCCUCCUUCUCCGACGCAUCCGGCUCCGCUCUUCUUGCCGCUGCGGCCUACCGACUCGCACAGCUCGGCGCCUUGACCGACUCGAGCGUCAUCAAGCAGGCUGCUGCCUUGCGAGCGGCGGUGAACGGGAAGGUCGACACUUCGAGCGGCUGGGUCGCGCCUGUCGUCAACCCGCUGUCGUUCAAGCAGCAGGCAUCGCAGUCGCCCGAAGGCGAGGCGUUUGUCCUCCUCCUCCAGGCCGCCCACGAGGACUACACCUCCGCCUCGUCGUGA